AGUCUGACUUCCGGCUACCACCCCCAAAGCAAUGGUCAAGCAGAGAGGGCCAACCAGGGGGUGGAGACCAUGCUGCGCUGUAUGGCUGCGCAACAGCCUAACUCCUGGAGAGAUCGAGGUGGCAACUCCUUCCACCCAGGCACACCUGAGACGAUGCCGCAGAGUGUGGAGGUCCGCCCGUGCUUCCCUAUUGAAGGCGUCUGUUAGGAUGUGUCGCAAUGCCAACCGGCGGCGCAUCCCGGCUCCAGACUACCAGCCCGGACAGCAGGUCCUGCUUCGGGCCAAGGACCUCCACCUCCCGAUUCCCUCCCAGAAACUUGCAUCACGUUUUGUUGGACCUUAUACGGUCAAAUCGAAGAUCAACCCUGCUGCUGUACAAUUGGAUCUUCCACAUUCCAUGAGAUCUCAUCCUGUCUUUCAUGUCUCCCAGGUCAAACCUGUUGUUAACAGUCCCCUGUCCGCCCCCACCCCCGCGCCUCCCCCUCCUAGAGUCCUCGAGGAUGGGGACCAAGUCUGGACCGUCAAGGAGAUCCUCAAGGUUCGGCGACAGGGGAGGGGUUGGGUCUACCUUGUGGACUGGGAGGGCUAUGGCCCUGAAGAUAGGUCCUGGGUACCGGCCUCUUACAUCGCCGACCCCUCCCUUAUCAAGGACUUUUACAGAGCUCACCCCGAGGCACCCCGAAGCUCGCCGGGAGUCUCGCGUAAGAGGGGGGGUGCUGUUAUGGGUCACACUCCUGCUUCCUCUCUUCCUGCUAUGUCUCCUCCUGCUGGGCGUCCGGACAAGCACACCACGGGCCACUCCCACAUGUGCUCUCUCUCCGCUGCGGGCGUGCCUCCUCGCACCUGCAAACACUCACCAAACUACACACCUGCCUGUGAUGAGCGAGCUGCCUUCAAGAGCAGACGCAGCCUGAGAUCCGACGCGAGAACGUAGCUUCACG